AUGGAAGUGUUAGACGAUAUAGAAGCUGCAUGCGUUUUGUUUGCAUUAUAUGAGGAACAUGAAAGUAGCUAUCCAGAAGAGUUUAUGAAGUAUUAUCGUAUGUCGAUAACAUCGUUUGAUGAGUUGAUAUCGCUGGUAGGACCGAAAUUGUCAAAACAGCAUACUGGUUUGCGUGUGCCAAUAUCACCGGAAGAGCGAUUGACCGUGACACUGAGGUAG